AACUGAUCUGACUGCCGACAGGUCCCCGAAGCAGCCAGACCGUCUCCUCCAGUAGCAAGGCCCGGCGUCAUCAUGGCAGCGGGAGUAGCCGCGUGGUUGCCCUUUGCCAGGGCGGCUGCCAUAGGAUGGAUGCCAGUGGCCAACUGUCCUAUGCCGCUGGCUCCAGCUGAGAAAAACAAGAGGCAGGAUGAGCUGAUCAUUCUCAACGUGAGCGGCAGGCGGUUCCAGACGUGGCGGACUACCCUGGAGAGGUACCCCGACACGCUCCUGGGCAGCACCGAGAAGGAGUUCUUCUUCAACGAAGACACUAAGGAGUACUUCUUUGACAGGGACCCUGAGGUCUUUAGGUGCAUCUUAAAUUUUUAUAGGACUGGCAAGCUACACUACCCGAGGUAUGAGUGCAUCUCUGCUUAUGAUGAAGAACUUGCUUUUUAUGGGAUCCUCCCUGAAAUCAUUGGGGACUGCUGCUACGAAGAGUACAAAGACCGAAAGCGGGAAAACGCCGAGCGGCUGAUGGAUGACAACGACUCGGAAAACAACCAGGAAGGGUCCAUGCCAUCCCUGAGCUUCCGGCAGACCAUGUGGCGAGCCUUCGAGAACCCCCACACCAGCACCUUAGCCUUAGUCUUUUACUACGUCACCGGUUUCUUUAUUGCUGUCUCUGUGAUCACUAAUGUUGUGGAAACUGUCCCUUGCGGCACAGUGCCUGGAAACAAGGAGCUUCCAUGUGGGGAGAGAUACGCUGUGGCUUUCUUUUGCUUAGACACAGCUUGCGUGAUGAUUUUCACUGUUGAGUAUCUGUUGAGACUCUUCGCGGCCCCAAGUCGCUACCGAUUCAUCAGAAGUGUCAUGAGCAUCAUUGACGUGGUGGCCAUAAUGCCGUACUACAUCGGCUUGGUGAUGACCAACAACGAGGACGUCAGCGGAGCCUUUGUGACACUAAGGGUUUUUAGGGUUUUCAGGAUUUUCAAGUUUUCUCGCCAUUCCCAAGGCUUAAGAAUCUUGGGCUACACUUUGAAGAGCUGUGCCUCCGAGCUUGGCUUUCUCCUCUUUUCCCUCACUAUGGCAAUCAUCAUCUUUGCAACUGUGAUGUUUUAUGCAGAGAAAGGAUCCUCAGCUAGCAAAUUCACCAGUAUUCCUGCUUCCUUUUGGUACACUAUUGUAACCAUGACAACACUGGGUUAUGGUGACAUGGUGCCCAAGACGAUUGCUGGGAAGAUAUUUGGCUCCAUCUGCUCCCUGAGCGGGGUGCUGGUCAUCGCUCUGCCCGUUCCCGUCAUCGUCUCCAACUUCAGCCGCAUCUACCACCAGAACCAGCGCGCGGACAAGCGCAGGGCUCAGAAGAAAGCCCGACUGGCGAGGAUCCGCGUGGCCAAGACGGGCAGCUCCAACGCGUACCUGCACAGCAAGCGCAACGGCCUCCUCAACGAAGCCCUGGAGCUGACGGGAUCCACUGAUGAUGAGCAGCACAUGACUAAAGGCACCUCCCUAAUUGAGAGCCAACAUCACCACCUGCUGCACUGCCUGGAAAAAACAACUGGAUUGUCCUAUCUUGUGGAUGAUCCCCUGUUAUCUGUACGAACUUCCACCAUCAAGAACCACGAGUUCAUCGACGAGCAGCUGUUUGAGCAAAACUGCAUGGAGAGCUCGAUGCAGAACUACCCGUCGUCGCGGAGCCCGUCCUUGUCGAGCCACCACGGCCUGGCCACGUCCUGCUGCUCGCGGCGCCACAAGAAGAGCACCCACCUGCCCAACUGCAGCGUGCCGGCCACGCGGCUGCGCAGCAUGCAGGAGCUCAGCACCAUCCACAUCCAGUGCAGCGAGCAGCCCUCGCUCACCACGAGCCGUUCCAGCCUCAACAUGAAGUCGGACGACGGGCUGCGGCCGAACUGCAAGAGCGCCCAGAUCACGACAGCCAUCAUCAGCAUCCCCACGCCGCCCGCGCUGACGCCCGAGGGCGAGAGCCGCCCGCCGCCCGGCAGCCCCGGCCGCGCCGUGCCCAGCGCCGCCAACGUGGUCAAGGUCUCUGCCUUGUAGGACGUCUCGUGCAGAGAAAGAGGCUGCAAGAGCGGGGCCCCUCUCCCUGCGCGCCUCCACGUUCCUUUUUUUGCUGCAAAUUGUGCCUGGAUGGACCAACCUGAUGUUUCUGUCGCGGAAUGAGCAAUGGAGACCUAAUGAGGCAGCUUCUUCAGACUCACCUUGAUGCUGUGGAC